AUGCGAAAGGUUUCGCAGAGUGUAACGAAGAAGCCUGAAGGAUAUCAGGUUAGCUUGCCGUUCCGUUCAGAAGGUAGGCCAGAAACCAACUUUAGAAAUGCUGUAGCACAGCUGGAUUCGUUGCAAACGAAAUUUCAGAAAGACAAGGAAUACUAUGAUCAAUAUCAGGGAGUGAUCAACAAAUACCUAGAGGCAAGAUUUAUAUAUGAAGUAAAAGAUCCAAAAAUAGAAGGAUACUACAUGCCGCAUUUCGGCAUUAAAAAGGAUAGCUGCACGACCCCCCUUAGAAUUGUAUUCAAUGCCUCAUCCAAAGCUAAGAAUAAUAAAUCAUUAAAUGAAUGCCUGUUACCUGGGCCUAAUUUAGUAGAGUUGGCCUAUAAUUUGCUUCUAAAGUUUCGAAUGAAUAAAUACGCCAUGCUUGCAGACAUAAGCAAAGCAUUUCAUAGAGUACUGUUAGAUCCCUGUGAUGCCAAAUAUACAAGAUUCCUGAGGCGAGAGGUAGCAGGUCGAGCGCUGACCUUCGCUUUCAGAGUCGUGGUGUUCGGCAUCACGGCUAGUCCCUUUUUGUUACAACAAGUGUUGAAUCAUCAUUUUAAGUUAGAAGGAAGACCUGAAUUAAGCAAGUCCUCUUAUGUCGAUAACUAUGUCAGUACAUUUGACAGUUUGGAUGAGAUGAAAAAAGAACAAGAAUCUGUCCACGCAAUUUUGGAUAGGGCCAGAAUGCCGUUAGAAGGUGUCUUACCGAACAAUUAUUCAAUUAUUUCAUCUGAUUGCCCUUUGCAAGGAGGGGGCAGGUGGAUGUCUGCUAAAUUAAAAAAUAUAACAGGAUUUUUGAGAACAGAAAUAGUCAGUGAUCGUUGCACCUUCCUUGUAAGAGAGCUACUACAGGAAAAUACUGCCUAUGGUCGGUGCUCAUCUUACGUAGUAGAUAGCUUGGCUGUCUGCCCAAUGAGUGCCUCUACAUAG